AUGAUCACCAUGCACUGCAGUCGCUACGCUUCUUCGCUUCUCCUGUGGCCUACUAUCGCUCUUCGCGCUUCAACCGCUACUACGACCAUCGCGAACGCCCAGCCCCGAGGAUGGCGAAUGUUUUCGAAAUCGAUCGACAAUAGCCGCGUGCCGGUGCUCCAGGAGGACGAUCUGGAAGAAUCGUUUGUACGUGGCAGUGGCCCCGGCGGUCAGUCGGUCGCCAAGACGAACAAUAAGGUCGUACUGACGCACAAACCGAGCGGUCUCGUGGUACAGUGCCAUACGAGCCGCUCGCUGUUCGAGAAUCGACGAGUCGCUCGCCAGUUGCUGGUGGCGAAGCUGGACCAGCUGAUCAACGGUGACCAAUCGGUCGAAGCGCAACGGCAGCGGCUGGACCAGCGUAAGCAAACGGAAACUACGCGCCGUAAGAUGCGUCUUCAGGCGAAGAAGAAAGCAUGGAAGGAGCGAGAAUUCGGUGACGAAGGUGGGCGUGAAUGACGGUAGACAGUAGAAGGUGCUAAUAGUAGUGUUGAUGUAAUAUUUACAGAUUAAAAACGAAAUCAGAAUAGAUCAACCUUAUCAGCCUA